AUGGCAGACAUUGACGAAUGUUCUUUUGACAGAGCCUGCGACCAUUCCUGUGUCAACUCUGCAGGCAGCUUCCAGUGCCUGUGUCAUAAAGGCCACGUCCUCUACGGCCUGGCCCACUGCGGAGAUAUUGACGAGUGCAGUAUAAAUCGAGGGGGCUGCAAGUUCGGCUGCGUCAACACGCUUGGCGGCUACGAGUGUACCUGUCCGCCAGGAUUCAAGCUGCACUGGAACAGGAAAGACUGCAUUGAGCUGGUGAAAUGUCCCGCGGGUCUACUGGCUCCGAAGGCAACACUGACCUGUAGCAAGGCGGGCAGGAAGGAGAGCUGUUCUCUCACCUGUUCCUCUAAGGCGCAUUACCUAGCAGAGUCAGACAGCAGCUACUCAGUAAGUUGUGGCAUCCCCAUCGUCAGAGGAAAGUCUUCUUCCAGGCUCAAUGCCAGCAACAGUCAAAGCUGCAUAGAGACUCUGGCGCCGCCGGUGAAGCAGACGGCGUCCUUCAAGAUCAAGGACGCCAAGUGUCACCUCCACCCCAAGCUGACAGGCCGCACGGAGGACCGGGGCCGCACCCAGGGGCACGGUGGCGGGCAGCCCUGCAGCAACUGUCUGGUGACCUUCGUCAACCUCAAGUGCGACUCGUCCAAGAAGACCAAGGGGCGUCGCGCCCGCAACCCCUCCAACAAGGAGGUGACCCGCAUCACCCUGGAGCUGGAGGCCGAGGUCAAGGCCGGGGACACCACAGGGAGCUGCAACCUGAGCUGCCUGCGGCAGCGCAUGGAGAAGCAGGUGAAGACAUACAUCAAGGCCCUGAAGAAGUCCAUCAACCAGGAGCGCUUCCUGAUCCGCGUGGCGGGGCUGGAGUACGAGGUGGCCCAGAAGCUGCCCCAGGCCGCCACCAGCCUGGAGAAUUGCGGGCCGGGCCGCGAGAGGGACAACGGGCGCUGUGUCAGGUGCAUGUCCGGCUCCUACUACCAGGGCGAGCAGGAGCGCUGCGUCCAGUGCCCGCCCGGGACCUUCCAGGAAAGGGAGGGCCAGCUGGCCUGUGACCUCUGCCCCGGGAGUGACGGCCACGGGCCCACCGGAGCCCGCAACAUCUCCUCCUGCGCAGGCCAGUGUCCCACGGGGUCCUUCUCCAGCGAUGGCUUCAAGCCCUGCCAGCCGUGUCCCCUGGGCAUGUACCAGCCGGACCUGGGCCGCACGCUGUGCUUCCCCUGCGGAGGGGGCCUGGGCACCAAGAGGGAGGGCGCCAGCUCCUUCCACGACUGUGAGGUCAAAGUCCAGUGCUCCCCCGGCCACUACUACAACACCACGGUGCACCGCUGCAUCCGCUGCCCGCAGGGGACCUACCAGACGGAGUUCAGGCAGAACUACUGCAUCUCCUGCCCCGGCAACACCACCACGGACUUCGACGGAGCCACCAGCGUCUCGCAGUGCAAGAACAGAGAAUGCGGUGGAGAGAUGGGUGACUUCACGGGCUACAUCGAGUCCCCCAACUACCCGGGGAACUACCCGGCCAACGUGGAGUGUGUGUGGAACAUCAACCCCCCCAGCAAGAGGAAGAUCCUCAUCGUGGUGCCCGAGAUCUUCCUGCCCUCCGAGGAUGAAUGCGGAGACGUGCUGGUCAUGAGGAAGAACUGGUCGGCCACGUCCAUCACCACCUACGAGACGUGCCAGACGUACGAGCGGCCCAUCGCCUUCACCGCCCGCUCCCGCCGGCUCUGGAUCAGCUUCAAGUCCAACGAGGCCAACAGCGCGCGGGGCUUCCAGAUCCCCUACGUCACCUACGACGAGGACUAUGAGCAGCUGGUGGAGGACAUCGUGAGGGACGGGAGGCUCUACGCCUCGGAGAACCACCAGGAGAUCCUCAAGGAUAAAAAGCUGAUUAAGACUCUUUUCGACGUGCUGGCUCACCCCAACAACUACUUCAAGUACACCCCCCGGGAGUCCAACGAGAUGCUGCCUCGCUCCUUCAUCCGCCUCAUCAGCAGCAAAGUCUCCGCCUUCCUGCGACCAUACAACUGACAACCCCUGCCCCCCCCCCCCAACCUCUUCCUCCCCCCGCCCCCCCUGACCUCUUCAUCCCCUAACCCCCGAAACCCGCAGGACUUCCAACUCAAACCAUCAUAACCAUGGUAUGCUUAUCUUCCUCCUCCCUGACAUUCGUCAACAACCACAACAACAACAACAAGGUUGUGGUUCACCGCCCACAGACGUCUCCAAUGGGGACCUCCAGCCAUGGUUGAGGUCUCCGCUGUGAGUGUGUGGAUGACUGAGCUGAGCAGAUGUUUUUGUGAUGAGGAUGUAUGUGUUUGUGUUUUUUUUGUUGCCGCCCUGUGGGUUGAAACUACCGAAAAAGGAAAAGACAAACUUUGGCUCCAAGACGGAGUCAAAGGCAACCGCCAAAUUACGAUUAUAUCUGUUUCAGUAAUGUGGUAACGUUAGAGGCUUGGUGUGUGUGUGUGUGGUUUGUGCGUGUGUGUGUGUGUGUGUGUGUUUGUGUGUGUGUAUGUCUGUUGAUGUCCGCGGUUAUUAAUCACAUCCGCAAUCUAUGUUUAUCUGUUGCUAAAACAAGCAGGAUCAGUCGCUAUUCCCCAUGUCCGUUAAGCUCAGCCCUGUUCUGUUGGAGCUCAUGGAGCACUUCUCCAGUUUUGCUGUUAAAACAGUAAUUUAUUUCUGCCCAGAAGGUCCGUCAAGACACACUAUCCGCCCCCCCCCCCCUGGAUCCUUCUCCUAUUCAAUAUCAGCACAGAAACAAACGACAAAAACCACCUUGUUUGUCCAUCCACAACACAACGGAAGUGACCCACUCUUUAAAGGAAUCCUGUACCUGUUGAACACCUCUGGUGAGAGACACAGGAUUUAGACCCAGGGAGGCAUUUUGUGGAAUACGCCUCUGAAAGAGAGCCAGAAAUGUCAUUGAUGGACAUCGAGUUUGCUGCUUCUUCUAUAAGGUCACUUUGAUGUCUCAGUCUCAUGCUGUCCUGACCGCUGAUGGAUUAUAGAGAUUAUAGGUUCAACAGAAGGGAGAUGAGAACAUUAAAUGCAACAGUUUCUCUACACAGAAAAAAAUCCAUUUCCUUUUUUGUUCUUUCACAUUUCUUUUUCAUUUCAAUCUUGUAAAUAGUGAAAAUACAUAGACGAGGGUUGAAUCUUUCUUUUAAUCCUAAUUUGCAUCAAGCAUGAUCCCCCCCCCCCCCCCUGAAAAAACUCUGUCAGCCCCUCUCUCAGCCCCAUCUGAAAUCCUUUCGAAUAAAACACUCCCGUCUGCUUUUACUGCAAUCUUUAAUCAGAAUAAAUAAAGCUCUUCCAAAGAAUGCCAGGGGCAGACCAUGUUACAUUCCUGAUGAACAUGAACACUCCUUAAACUAGGCUAUACACCCCAACAUAACUACAUUGCAUGUGAAAUGUGCUUUGGCUGUCAGCGAAUGUAAUUUAGAGUUCUCCCCUUGCUUAGCGUUUUCUACGCAUCAGUCACUGUGGGCAGAGAUUGGAAAAUGAGGAUUUUUUAUAUAUAUAGUGUUACUUAUCUCUUGAAAGAGAAAGUGUCAAGACAGUGUGUUAGAAAUGUAACAUUCCUGAUUCCUGAUGUUUAGAACGUAUUUCGUUUUAAUGUCAAAACCGCAAACAAAACAGGGUAAAAUUGAUGUGCUCAGAAUCCAAAACACUUGAUUUGGGUCUUAGGAAGCUCUCCAGAUAGAUCUGGGCACCAGUGCAAUCAAAUUGUUACUGACAAUUGCAUUGUCACUGACCAAACGACAAUGAUAAAAUAAAAUAAAAACUAUUCUGGAAACUCAACCCCCUAAAUAAAAAUAAAAGAAUAACGAAUUCCUUCCCACCGUUUGCCAUUGAAUAAAUUUCAGCGAGAUGAUACUGGUUUUGUACUUGCUUUGUAAAUAUAAAAAAAAAGUAAUGAUAGUGUAUAGUGUCUCAUACACGAAGGUUUUAGUUGUAGGUAUCUGAACAUCAGGAUGACACAAAGGGAUUGUGACCACAUUGUCAAACACCAGGGGGGGCAAUGUGGAGCUGUGCAGAUCUCCAGUCAUAAGGAAAGUGGAAAUAUUGAUUUAAUUUCACCAUGUGCUCGCCCAGUUGGGCAUUGAUCCCAGCUCAUUGGCAAUCAAUCAAGUAUGUUAUGUGUGGCUCUGGAGUCAAAUACGUUUCCAUCCUUCUAUAGUCGUCCCUCCAUUCCAUUUGUCCUGCAACCUGAUCUUUUUGUCGCCUUUUAGCAAGAGUUUGCUAUGAUGUAUCAUAGAGUUGAUAUUUGCACUUGAAUUGUUAUUGCUCAUGUAAAGAAAUGUCUGGAUUUGUAUUGUCUUUUUAAAUGAAUGAAAUUUGUGUCGUUAUUUUCCAUAGCUCCUUUUGUUCAUAAAAUACUCUCACUCACCAUUUAGUCAGUAGAAAUGAAACACGUAACCUUAUCCAUUGUAAGAGAAAAUAACUGUACAGAGGUUAAUGCAACUGGAAUGUGUACUUGUUACUGUCCAAAACACCAAAAUAAACAAACUGUACUUCAUCUUAA